AUGCGCCUUCGUUUGACGCACAACGUCGACAAGGAUCGCGGCUUCGUCAAUGGAGCGACUGGUAAAGUGCAAUCUGUCUUGCGACAAGAUGUUUUCAUACUCAAGUCCAGUCAGAAUGUGCCCAUUCUGGUGCAUCCAAUCACGCUCCGUGGCCGGAAGUACUUGCCGGUGUCUUACGGUUGGGCCACAACUAUCCGACGUGCGCAAGGGGCAACUUUGAACAAGAUUGCCCUCUGGUUCGACAGACGUGUGGCCGACAAGGGCUAUGCCUACGUCGGCCUCUCUCGCGCCAGAAAAGCAACGGAUGUCUAUCUCAUCGGCAAGGUCCGCCGCACAGAUUGGCGAGCCGUAGGCACCCACAACGAGCAGCUUCGGCCAUCCCAUCUCAGCGACACCACCGAGACGGAGGACAGUCGAUCGGCCACUGAUUUCCAGGAAUCCGAGGAAGAACCCAACGACUCCGACUUCGAAGACGACGAGCCCAGCACUAAUGGAUUCACCAGUGAUGAGCCUGACACAUCCGGUCGCACAGAUGAGCCCAGCACGGAUGCCUUCGAAACCACCGAGGACGACCCCAACAGCUUCGACUUCGAGAACUUCCGGGACGAGUCAAGCACACCUAGCUUCGAGCCAGCCUCUGAUAAUUAG